CUCCAUCAGAAGACGCAGCGACAGACGGUACAUAGCACAUCGCCUCUUGCACCAGACCAGACGUAUCAUAUCCCGCCGAGAUGAUGACUACCUGUAUCCGCGCGUUUCAACCGAUCCUACGCAGCGCCCCUCGUUUCGCUGUCCGAAGCAGUCAGCAAGUCCGCUUCCUCAACAAGGACACAUCACCAUCGCUGUAUGCUGCCCACGCUGCGGUCACGGGAGCUCGGAAUGGCCACGUCACAGCAGAGAACCUCGAUUUGCAGCUUGGUACCCCCAAGGCAAUGGGAGGCAAAGGCGGAGCAACCAACCCGGAGGAGCUGUUCGCAGCCGGCUAUGGCGCAUGCUUUCAGAGCGCCAUGAACGCUGUUGCACCCAGCCUCAAGGUCAAGCUACCACAGGACAGCGUCGUGGAAACCACGGUGCACCUCAUUGGAUCUCUCAAGGAGCUCGAUAUCGGCAUCAGAGUAGACAUGAAGGUGAAAGUCAAGGGUGCCAAGAAAGAGGACAUCGAGGCACUUGUAGCCAAGACCAAAGAGGUGUGCCCAUAUAGCCGAGCGACGCAGGGCAACGUAGUGACCAACGUGGAAGUCAUGGUUGAAUAGAUAGGAGGUACGAGUCCCGUUUAAAUUUGGUUGCAAGUUGUGUAGUAGUACGGGAUUUUGGCAAAUGGAUCGGGUCGUUGCCUGAGUUACCGCGUGCGGGUAUAUUAUACGUACUGUGUACCUCCGUACCCUUAUGUACAAUGUAAGGUACCUUUAGGAUCCCUGGGCACAGGACGCUAGUGCUGUGCCUUUGGGGCAAAUCCUCCGUUGUCCAAUGAAUCAAAUGAAUGAAAGGAAC